AUGUCAACAGGCUUCAAAUCGGGGUCAGAGACCUCGGCCGCAAAGCAAGAUGUACCAGUCACCAUCUCGAGUGUGGACAUUGAUCCUGAAGCAGAGCGUGCAUUGGUAUGGAAGUUCGAUCUUCGCCUGCUCCCCGUGCUGGCAAUCAUGUAUCUCUUCAACAGCCUGGACAAGUCUAAUUUGGGCAAUGCAAAGACCGCCGGCCUUGAAGGUAAGACACAUAUGUUCCAUGAUACCAAUGUGAGCAAAGAAUACACAUCAUUAACACCCUUUAUCAAUAUAGACUCCCUCUCUUUGAAAGGCAACCAGUACAACCUAAUACUGAGUAUUUUCUUCGUGCCUUAUGUUUUGACUGCACCUUUCCUGGGUCUCUUGGGUAAGAAAUACGGACCCAACAUUGUGCUUCCUUGUAUGAUGCUUGCGUUCGGCAUUUUUACCAUUCUGGUAGUGGCCGUGUUCAACUUCAGUGGUCUUUUUGCCAUCAGAUGGUUUCUCGGCAUGGCAGAAAGCGCCUUCUUUCCCUUGGUGAUUUACUACCAGACAACCUUUUAUCGUCGUGGUGAGCUGGCUCGACGUCUCGCUAUCUUUUAUGCUGCUCAAACGAUUGCUUCUGCAUUCUCCGGUUUACUCGCUUUUGGAAUUUUCCGCAUUAACUCGGGCCCUUUAGCUCCCUGGCGAUACCUUUUUUUGAUUGAAGGUGGAGGUACUGUCCUUUUCGCCCUGUUUGCUCUUUGGUACUUGCCUCGAUCUGCCUCAGAAGCCACCUUUUUGACGCCGGUGGAGAAGGAGUUGGCCUAUCUACGACUGCAAAUUGAUAGUUCUUCCGUGGUGAACGAGAAGUUAAAUAUCCGUGAUGCAUUCCGAGUGUUCAAGCAUUGGACCAGCUGGGCAAUCUUGGCCAUUCAGAUUUGCCUUGGUGUACCUCUACAGUCUGUUCAGCUUUUCCUUCCAGUCAUCAUCCAACGACUGGGAUACAGCACCGUGAAGACCAACCUGUUUACCGUGGCCCCAAAUAUCUCGGGCGCAGCGGUCCUUCUCAUCCUGGCAUUCAGCAGUGACUGGACCAAGUGGAGGUUCCCGUUCAUCGCACUUGGGUUUUUAUUUACCUUUAUUGGCUUCAUGAUAUAUGCGACUAUUGACGUGCAGCAAGAUCUGGCUGUUGCAUAUUUUGCCUCCUUUUUGAUGACUUGGGGAACCUCUGCACCAUCGGUACUUCUGGAUGCUUGGUACAAUAACAACACUGCCAACGAAGGACGGCGGGUGGUUUUAACAAGUAUCGCGGUCCCAAUGGCCAACCUGAUGGGUGUCGUCAGUUCCAAUAUCUUUCGCAAACAAGACGCGCCGAAUUACCUUCCGGCAUUGAUCACUACCGCUUCAUUUGGAGGUUGUGGUAUUGUCUUGACACUUUGCCUGGGGCUCUGGAUGAUGGCGGAUAAUAGGCGACGUGACCGAUUGCAAGGCAUUCAGAUCAAAGCAAAGGAUAUUCCUACGGAGUUUCUCCAGAACGGUCCUGACAGCGAUGACUUCCGGUGGUUUUAUUAG